GGCGGCGUGCGUGGGCGGCGAGGAGGAGGAGGGCAACCAGACCAGCAGCCGCCGCGCCGCGGGCAAGAAGAAGCCGCCCGCCCCGUCGUGCUGCAGCCUGUCCGGCGCGGAAAGCCCGCGGGAGAUGGCGAGGCGCAAGAGCCCCGGGCGCUUCUCGCCGGCGUGCGGCUUCCUGGAGGCCUACAGCUCGGAGCCCGAGGUGGCGGGCGGCGAGGGCCGGAGGGGCCGCCUGGCCGGUCGGCCGGGGAAGAGCCGCGCCUGCUCCUCCUCGCUCCGCCGGCCCAAGCCCGCCUCGGCGCGCCGCCUCUCGGCCUGGCAGCCCGGGGGAGAGGGCUGCGCCACGCCCGGCACGGCCACCUCCUGCACCACCCUCUACGGCGGGGACUGGCCUGCCGGCCCGCGCGCCGAGGAGCCCUGGGCCAGCCCCGUGCCCCGCCCGCUCGACUACGCCGCCGCCGACUUCCCCACCGACGCCAGCAAGCCGGCCUCGCGCUGCCCCUCCUCCUACUCCUCCCUGGCCCCGCCCCCGAAGCCCGAGGCCAAAGAGCUCAGCCGACGAGACUGGCGGGAGCUCUGCGGGAGCAGCCCCAGCCUCGUGGACCUCAUGCACUCCUUGCGGAAGUACGAGGAGGAAGAGGAGGAGGAAGCUGCUGCUGCUGCAGCCUAUGACCCCAUCGGCGCCACCCCACACCUCCGCCACCCCCAGAAGCAGCCCAGGAAAGCCCACGACCACCAGAUCCGCCUCCAUGACUUGGUGGACAAGCACUACGAGGACCUGCUCCCUGAAAGGGACAAGAAGAUCGCCGCCCUGAUGCUGGCCCGGCACCAGGAGGAGGAGGAGAUGAAGGACAGGCAGCUGCGGGUUUCCGACGCCUGGGAGAACCUGAGGCGGAAGGAGAAGAAGCACAAGGCCCGGCUGGACAAGGAGCGCCGGUACCAUGUGGCCGACAGCCUCGAGCAGUGGCAGCGGGACCGCGACCAGAGGCUCUCCAAGCUCCGGCUGGAGGAACAGCAGCUCUUAGCCUCCAGGGAGAGGGACAUGAUGCUCCGCGACAAGAAGUGGAAGAAGCUGGCCAAAGAACAGGAGUCUCGGCGCAGAGAGAAAUGCGAAAGUGCCCGGCUUCAAGCCGAGUACCGGAAACGUUGCCAGGAGAAGCAACUCUGGGAGAAAAAGCUAAGCGAGAGGAGCGCUCGGGAGCAGAGCUCUCAUGCCUACAAGGAAAAGAUGCUGCAGGCCCUGGAGAAAAGGCUGAUGAAGGAAAUGGAAAGGAAGAGGCGGAAAACAGAUAUGAAUGAAUACAGGCGGGCCCAGCACAUGCACAAGGACCAAAUGGAUGACCGGCUGAAAGCGGAUGAGCUCUACAAGAGGCUCUGUAUCGAGCAGAAGCUCCAGCGGUCUCAGGAGAUCUUGGAGCAGCUGCUGGAAGAGAGGAACAGGGAACUGAAGGAAAGGUCUUUCAAAGAGGAGGAGCAAGGCAUGAUCGCCAAGGUGCGAGCCAAAGAGACGGAGGAGGAGAAGAGACGGCGGAAGGAGAUGUUGCUGCAGAUUGCCGAGAUGAAGAUCCAGCAGGCCAGAGAGAUCAUGUCCAAAAAUAUUGAUGACCGAGCACAGCAUGUAAAAGAAAUGAACUGCCUGAAGGAAAGGAACCACCAUUGCCGCAAACAGAAGCUCGAUUACGAUGAAAAAUGUCACCUACGGGAGUUGCAAGAAGCACUACGACGGAAGGAUCAGAAAAGCAAUCAGAUCCUAAGGCACAAAGACACGGCUAUUGAAGAAUCGAGGAAAAUUGCCAAAGCAUCGUAUGACCUUAGGGAAAAAGUGAGAGAUCUGAUCAACCAUAAUUCAUUCGAUCAGAUGGCAUUAGAUGCCCAUCGCAAUGCAAGCGUCCUUAGAGGUCUCUAGUGAAGUGUAAUGAAACAUCCCAGAAUGUCUUGUGCCCCUCAAAACACGGUUGUAAUGUGUUCAUUUUGUAGAAUUAUGCACUGCUGUACACUAAAGUGGUUUCAGCCUUAAUUCAUGUUUGACUCAUAAGUCUUUGGUUGGAUUGUGAUUUAAAGGAGCUGUAUACCACAUCUCACUUAGCUUUAUAUAUUGUAUCUCAUAUAUUACUUGGAUUUGAACGUAAGGCACUACAGCUUUAUACAAUUAAUUGUAGCCAUGACAUAAUGGGUGAUACCUUUUAAUUUAAUAUUUCUGUAACAAUCCUUUUAAGUGUGUUUUUACAAUGGCAACCUGAAGUUCUUCAUAAAUUCUUGAUUUCACAUAUAUUUAAUGACAUUAGCAUUUCAUAUCCAAGUAUGCAUCCAUCACUCAUAAUCAAGAACAUAGUGAAAGUUGCUCAAUAUUUUUAUAUUUCAAUAAAUAUUUCUAUAGUUCAAUAAAUAUUUUUAUACUCAAAGAA